AAGAGGGAACACCAAUAAAUAUAUAGACUAAAAAAUUUCCGUUUGAAUAUUGUUGAAGAUGGAAAAAGACAUUUUUUAUAUUCUUAACAUAGACUAGUUUUAUAUCUGGGUUCUUAUUACUAUUUUGUACCCGUUUACACCUUCUUCUUUUUUUUCUUUUUCUUUUUUAUAAUAAGAAUAAGCGAUAGGUUAAAUCUGAGUAUUCACUUUACAUAGAAUAAGCGACAGGCCAUGUCACAGCUGUGUUAGGAUGAAAGAAUUAUUUAACAGAGAAGAUUUUUUUUGGGGACCAAUAUUUAACGAAGAAGUUAAGCUUGCAUUAAUUGUUGGAUGAUAAGUUGCAUUCUUCGGGGAAAUUAUUGGAGACGACUGACUUAGUCGUUAAACGUACAAGACUUGAGGUGGUUAGGAAACGACAAAGCUAAGUUAUCGUUGGGUUGAAACUUGAAAUUGAAUUGAUUGGCUGGAAUUCAUACAUAGACGAAAGAGUACAGAGAAGACUUCACUGAUGAUCAAUCUGAAAAUUGAAUCUAGAGGUUAAGAAGGAGAGCAUAGCAUGGCUGAGGCAGUUGUUUCUUUUGUGCUCGAAAUGGUCGGAGACUUCGCCACUCAGGAAGCCAAGUUCUUGUCUGGAGUGAGCCAUCAAGUUGAGGUUGCACAAACUGAGCUACAAUUGAUGCAGGGCUUCCUCAAAGAUGCAGAUGCAAGACAAGGACAAGAUGCAACAGUACAAGUUUGGGUUGCCAAAACUAGAGAUGCUGCUUAUGAUUUGGAAGAUGUUAUUGAAACUUAUGGCUUGAAAGUGGCUUCCAAGAAGAAAAGGGGCAUCAAGAAUAUUCUCAGAAGAUUUGCCUGCAUCUUCAGGGAAGGGGUUGAUGUUCGAAAGAUUGGGUUAGAAAUUGAGAACAUUACUGCCAAAAUUUCUAAUUUGAGGUUAAGUUUGCAAAGUUAUAAUAUUGCAAGGGUACCAACAGAGAUUGGAGGUGAAUCUUUCUCGCAAUUGCAUGAGAGGCAACGACUACUGAGGCGAACUUAUUCUCAUGUUAUUGAACGUGAUGUUGUUGGAUUAGAGUACAACGUUGAAGAAUUGGUUAUGCAUUUAGUAAAAGAUGAAAAUCGUCAUCGAGUGGUAUCUAUUUGGGGGAUGGGUGGUUUAGGGAAGACCACCCUUGCAAGACAGGUUUAUCAUCACAAAAAUGUUAGGCAGCAUUUUGAUAGUUUUGCUUGGGUGUGUGUAUCUCAACGGUGUGAAAUAAGAAAUGUUUGGGAAGGAAUUUUCAUUAAACUCAUUUCUGCUACCAAGGAACAAAGACAAGAUAUUAAGGAAAUGACAUAUGAUGAAAUAGCAAAGAAGCUUUUUUGUGUCAUGCAAGAAAUGAGAUGUUUGGUGAUACUUGAUGACAUUUGGAGUAUCGAGACAUGGAAUUUUUUGAAUGUUGCAUUUCCAAAUGAACAGACACAGAGCACAAUAUUACUUACAACACGUUAUGAAGCAGUCGCUUUGCCCCCAAAUAGAAAUUGUUUCCUCCACAAACUCCAGCCACUAAAUGAGAAUGAGAGUUUGGCACUAUUAGAGAAGAUAGCAAUAUUUGGAAGGCCUGAUAUCGAUUCGGGAAUUUACUCUAAGAUGAGAGAAUUAGGUAGGAAGUUGCUUCGACAUUGUGCAGGAUUGCCACUUGCCAUCAUUGUGCUUGCCGGAGUUCUUUCCACAAAAAACACUAUUAAACAAUGGGAGAUGGUAAACGAGAAUGUAUAUGCAUACAUAAGGAGAGGCAGAGGUCAUGAACAAGAAUAUGAAGGUGCAUUAUGGGUGUUGGCAUUGAGCUAUGAUGACCUACCGUACCACUUAAAACCAUGCUUUUUAUAUUUAGGCCAUUAUCCUGAAGACCGUGAGAUUUCGGUGAGCACAUUAACUAAGUUAUGGAUGGCAGAAGGUCUUAUCUCAUUGAGACAACAAAGACAAAGUCUAGGAGAAACAAUGGAGAAUAUAGCUCACAAUUGCUUAACUGAGUUGGUGGAAAGGUGCGUGGUUCAAGUGGGAAGAAGCGGUUCAACUGGGACAAUUAAAACGUGUCAGAUCCAUGACCUUAUAAGAGACUUGUGUUUGUUAAAGGCAGAAGAGGAAAGUUUUCUCCAGAUUGGCUAUUCUUUGCAGGAAAAUAAGGCAACUAAUCCUGUUACUUCUUCUAUGGUAGCCAAGGCAACACCAGUGGGGAAAAUUCGAAGACUUGCAAUCUACUUGGAUGAGAAUGCUGAUAGGUUGGUUUCAUCAAGAGAUGAAACAAAUGGCCACGUCAGAUCUCUAUUAUACUUUGUCUUAGGAGAAUGGAGGCCAAGAAGUGAAAAAGUAUUACUAUCUCCACUGACGGAUUUCAAAGUGCUAAGAGUUUUGAAGGUUGAAGAUGUUGAUGAAGUAGAAGUAGAGUUGCCAAGUGAAAUUGGAAAUAUGGUCCACUUGAGGUUUCUAAGUGUGAGGGAUAGCAAAAUAAAAAGGUUUCCAUCAUCCCUAGGUAAUUUGAUAUGCUUGCAAACUCUUGAUUUCCGUGUUCGAUAUGUCGAAUUGUUCAUCCCAAAUGUGAUAUGGAAAAUGAAGCAAUUAAGGCAUUUAUAUUUACCAAGGCGUUACACAGCAAGCGGUAACCUGAAGCUAUCUACUCUUGGCCAUUUACAGACCUUAGAUUUUCUUUCAAGUGAGUAUUGUGAUUUGAAUGAUGUUGCUGGAUUAACCAAUCUCCUAAAACUGCAGAUAAGAUUGUCACUUCCCUUGGAAAAUCUGGAGGAAAUUUUGAAAUCUGUAGGCAGCACGCUUAAUCGUAUCCAAUCUCUACUUGUAUACAACGGUUAUUAUUCUGUAAGGAAUACAAGUUAUGAGGAGCAGGGUAAUCAAAUAGUAUCAAGUUGUCGUCAUAUAUACAAACUGAAGCUGGAUGGGCCAACAGCAGAACUACCAAAAGAGCUCCACAGCUAUCCAAACCUCACCAAGUUAGAAUUGUGUAGCUGUAGUCUCAAGGACGACCAAAUGGGAAUACUAGAGAAUCUGCCAAACCUAACAACUCUGCUCCUUAUAAGUGAAGUUUUUGAGGAGAAUACAAAGAUACUGGUUUUCUCCAAAGGAGGCUUUCCUUCCCUUCAAUUUCUUUCCGUUUUUCGUAUGGACGAAAUAACAGAGUGGAGGGUAGAGGAAGGAGCCAUGCCUAGUCUCUGGCGAUUGCGAAUGGGGUUUUGUAGUGGAUUGACGACGCUUCCAGAUGGGCUGACAUAUCUUACUAAUCUCAAGGAAUUAACCAUUUUCGGGAUGCCUAGAGAACUCCAUAGUAGGAUUCAGGAAGAUGGAGAGGAUUUCUGUAAAAUUCAACAUGUACCUUCCGUUGUAAUUGGAGAACCCUACGACCCACCAAUGCAAUGAAAAGGUAAUUUCUUAAUUUCUCUCUCUUUUUUAUUCUUUCUUAUUUUUGUGUCGUUUGAUUCACAUGUCUUAGUGAAAUGGGUUCUAGGUAUCAAAUGUUUAAUGUCGUUCAUUAGUAAAAGAUUUGUGUGGCAGUUGAAGGCCAUGCUGGUGAAGCACAAGCACAGAGGGCACAAUAUUGCCUCCCCUGUUUUGGUCUGUUUUCUUUCUUCAGUUUGAGAGCUCAUAGGUGCGUGAGUUAUGAGUGAGAGGCUUAAUUUAAAAGCCAACUGCUUGAGAUUUUGAAACAAUAUUGAAGGUAUUACUUUUGCUCAUUGGAUGUCUUUCUUGAAGGCUUGUUAACAUACACCUAAGAUCUUUGAAAUGUCAAAUCUUUCCCUUGUCAUGUGAACAACAAUUCCAUAAGCUAUAGGAUUUUCUUUGUAGUUGAUCAUGUAAACAAGUUAUCUAAGGUUCAAGUAUGGCAAAAGUGCUGAAUUUGUGUUAUGGUAGCUGCAGCUGUGACUUGACAUUGAAAAAGUAAGGCCACACUUUGUGUCAUCAUGGAGCUCAGCUGCUGAGCAGAGGGAUAAUACUUCUUACAGGUUGUAGCAUCUUCUGAGUUGAAGAAAAAGACCUUCAAAUUUGGCUGCAUAUAUAAUACUUCUUACAGGUUGUAGCAUCUUCUGCACGUCAUAAGGCCGGCCACCGUGCCAUUCGGACUGCUGCGGAAGAUGGUGAUCAUGAUCAACAUUCAUAUUUUGACGGUGUAAAACUUGACAGGAAUGCCAAUUCUUGCUUUUAUGCAAUUACAAAUUACAAUGUUCUAAUAAUACUUUUUUUACUCCUUAAACCAGUUGAUGUGAGAAAUUUAUCCGAACACAAAAUUACGUAUAUAAACAAAGACGGCACAUUCAUUACAAAACGUUGGAUCUGGAACAUCCUCGCUUAUACACGCACUUUAUCAACAUCAAUAUAUAUUCAUACAUCACAAAGCAAAUU